CAAUUUGUCUGUACUUGAGCAUAGAGAAAACAGCAAGUGGAAAGUAAAUAAACUCAUUAGCAAAACUGAUUGAGAGUAAAAAAUUAAGACAAAGAGGAAUUUCUUUGCCGUAUUGAAGCUCCCAGUGACUCUCUCUCAGCAGUUCCUGCAGUGUGGACUCUUUCUUGCCAUGGGAACGGACAGCUAUUUGCUUUGAUUUGCAACAGAAAAGCUUUUGACUGUCAGAGAAUGUUCUGUUUGGUCUUCCCCUGGCCAGUUUAAGUGUUAAAAGUGUCAUUAUUUAGCAGCCGAGGCCGAGGGAAGAGCGCAAACAAGAGUCUGUGACCUUCUGUCAAGAGCCUCCGUUCUUCAGAAGCUCAUUUAGGGCCUCCGGGGGCGGAGGGGGACAGCGCAUCAAUUGGCGGAACCCUCCAGCUUUCCUCUAAAAAGGCCUUACUAAGAGGAGAAAUACAGUCGAUUUAAAAGCAGAGGUGGCGUGAAAGAUGUGGCGCUGUGAAGAGGUGUGGGUGGCUUAUUAAAACCGCAGGAAAAAGGCACUUGGACUUCAGCCAAAGAGGAUCUAACCCCGUGGAGAGCUGACAGGAUAUGUAGAAACCUGGAUGCACUUGUCGUGGUUUGGUGAUCGCUUGGAGUCUGAUUUUUUUUUUUUUCUUUUGCUCUUAACUGAACAGGAGACAAACAAAAGAGAGAUCCCGUUCGCUCUGCCAGCUGCAUGCAGACUCGAUCAUGGACAUUCACGACUCCGUGUUAAUAAACUUCGUCAGUGACAUCAACCUGAUCGGGUUCACCCAGAAGUGCGCUUUAGGGUCUGAGGAGGUGGACGUCUCGGCCUACUGUCCGAACAACCUGAGCGGCUCUUCCUGCAGCACGUCCCCGCUGCCUGGCGGAGGGCGCACGGAGCGUCCGGCGAGCUUUUCACCGAGGUGCUGCAGCCGCGGGCACAGCAGGUCCAAACGCAGAAGGAUCAUCACCGGAGUCCAGCGGCAGGCGGCCAACGUGCGGGAGAGAAAGCGGAUGUUCAGCCUGAACGAGGCGUUUGACGAGCUGAGGAGAAAAGUCCCCACAUUUGCGUACGAGAAGAGGCUGUCUCGGAUCGAGACGCUGCGUCUGGCCAUUGUCUACAUCUCCUUCAUGAUGGACCUGCUGGAGAACACCUGAGACAGAGUUGUGUGUGUGUGUGUGUUUUUUUUUUUGU